CACUCGUCGACUUAAUUCCUUCUUCCUUUUUCUUCCUCUCCAUUCUAAGACAUCAUCUCCAUCAUCUCCAUCAUCUCCAUCAUUCCCCUUUACCUCCCGCCCUACUAGAAAACUGCCGCCUUUGGCCAUCCAUCCAUGCCCGUGGCAUCUUCUGGGGACCUCCGCUGACGAGCCUCUUACUACCUCCCACCACACAACCACCAUCUAGAAAGAAAAAAAAAAAAAAAAGGUGGAAUUAAGGAGGGGAGACCUGCUCCUCCAGGGCUAUCAUCAUGGCUGACAAUUCACGUCAACCAAAUCUCAAUUUAACCGCUGAGGAGAAGCGAGUCUUCUACCAACUCUUUCAAGCUGCCGACACCACUAAUCUCGGUGUCAUCACGGGCGAGAUCGCCGUACCCUUCUUCGAAAAGACCAAGCUCGCCCCGGAAACCCUCGGAUUGAUAUGGCAGAUCGCCGACAGGGAGAACAGAGGGCUUCUGACCCCCUCGGGGUUCGGCGUUGUGAUGCGACUGAUUGGACACGCUCAGGCGGGUCGCGCGCCAACAGAAGAGCUGGCAGUGCAACCCGGUCCGCUACCCAGGUUCGAUGGAAUUCCAAUCGAUACCUCCGUUCCCUCACCCCGUGAGGCUGGCACAACGAGCCCAACACCGGCGUCGGGUACACCAAUUCGAGUUCCGCCACUGAAUCCGGACGAUGUGAAUAAAUUCACCUCUCUCUUCGAAAAGUCAGAUCCAGGGAGGACUGGGAGCAUCUCGGGUGAAGCUGCGAAACAGAUUUUCGAACGUGCUAGGCUUCCCAACGAGAUCCUUGGGCGAAUAUGGAAUUUGGCGGAUACCAAGCAACGAGGAUCUCUCGAUGCGACAGAAUUUACUAUUGCGAUGCACCUCCUCACCUCCUAUAAAUCUGGUUCUAUGAGAGGGAUCCCCCAGACCCUACCCCCUGGUCUUUACGAAGCUGCUGCGCGACGAGGUCCUCCGUCUCGUGCCUCAAUGGGAGGACCUAGAGGUGGUCUCGAUGUCCCCCCCGUCCCUGCAAUUCCAAAGCAAUUCACAGGACCCCAACGGACUCAAAGCCCGGUCAACCGACAGCCAUUUGCAUCUCCACUAUCGGCGCAGUCGACUGGGGCUGAAUGGCUCGUUUCGCCUCAAGAGAAACUUCAGUUCGACAAUUUCUUCAACAGCGUGGACACUGCCAGGACUGGGGUGAUCAGUGGUGACCAAGCAGUCGCCUUCUUCACCAAGGCGCAGUUACCAGAGGAGACACUUGCGCAGAUUUGGGAUCUUGCAGAUAUUGAUGCGGAUGGCCAGUUGACAAAGGACGAGUUUGCGGUCGCGAUGUAUUUGAUCCGUCAACAGUACACAGGAAAGGGCCCCAUCCCGCAGACCUUACCCCCAGCUUUGAUCCCCCCAAGCAUGCGCCGCCCAGGCUCUGCACAAGCAUUUCCACUCGGACCCGCAGCCCCAGUCCAACCUGCAGCCGCAGCCGCAGCCGCAGCUCCAACUCCAGCUCUGGCCCCGGCCCCGGCCCCUCCCCGCUCUGCUGCAGAUGACCUUUUCGAUCUCGAUCCAUUCACACCCCCCCCGGUCGCUCCGGCUCUUUCUCAGGUGCCGCAAUCCACAGGAGGCUCAAACGCGCCAUUCCCGAUGCCAGGAUCCCCAGUCUCCCGAUCACCGCCAGCCAGCGCUACCACCUUCAAGCCAUUCAUGCCAUCCUCUUCCUUCGGUCAGAGCCUCCAGCCCCAAAUGACUGGCUCGUCUGCACCACCCUUGGUUCGCUCCCCUCCACCUCCUCUGCCCUCGGAUGAUCUACUUGGAGACAACGACCCCGAAGAAUCCAAGAAGCUGACCCAAGAAACCACUGAGCUUGCCAAUCUAUCAAACCAAAUUGGCUCCCUGGCAAAUGAGAUGCAAAAUGUCCAGACAAAGCGAACGGCUACAGAGCAGGAACUUUCUCAGACGUCACAGCAGAAGCGUGACUUCGAGACCCGCCUUGCGCAAGCUAGGUCGAUGUAUGAGCAAGAGGUCAAGAACUUCAAGGCUUUGGAGGAACGCCUCAGGGCCUCGAAAGCGGACACCGGUAAACUUCACCAAGAAUACGCUUUGAUCGAUGGAAGCCGGCAGGAUCUUCAAACCCAGUACAACCAGGUCUCGGCUGCUCUUGCAGCCGACCAGCAGGAAAACGCGAGCUUGAAGGAGAAAAUUCGUGAAGCUAAUGCUGUGGUUGCUCAGCUCAAGCCAGCCUUGGAGAAAGCUCGCUCUGAUGCCCGUCAGCAGAAAGGGUUAGUUGCGAUCAACAAGAAACAACUCGCAACUGUAGAGGGCGAACGUGAUAAGAUUCAGGAAGAGAUUAAUGGUCUUUCAAAGGAGCAAUCGGUAGAACCCGAGGAAUUGGGCUCCCCUAUCAGCAACGUGCUGCCCGCCGUUACAAGCCCAGCCGCGUCGACGACCAGCCAGCACACCAACCCCUUCUUCAAGCGCACAAUGACUGGCUCUAGUGAGGGCAAUGCCCUGUCCCCCCAAAUUUCGAAUGAUCAACAGCGUGCCUUUGACAGCCUGUUUGGGCCAUCCUUUGCCGCCCCGGCGGCGACGUCUGCAACAACACCCCCACCACCAACCUCAUUCCGUGCCGACUCUCACGCGGAUUCAACGAAGUCUCCUAGCACAUCUGCUAUCCCAACCCCUUCAGUGUCACCGCCACCCUCGGCUGCGGGAUUGUUUGGUUCAGAGCCUCCACCUCCGGCUCUGUCUAGGCAGAUGACCCCGAACGUUCUUCCUCUUGCUGAGACACAGUCAGCCACCACCUCCACCAAAGUUUCUCCGCCUGCCAGUCGAUUCGGCGGGCUUGAUGCCUCUAGUGUAACCGCUGGUAGUGAGGCUGGUCCCUCCUCUGGAUCACCCUUUGAUGAGACUGAGGAAUCCAAGGAACGGUUCCCCGCAAUUCCAGGUGCUUUCGAGGAGCCCCCUUCUAGAAACACCGCUUCACCGGGUAGUGAUGAGAAGCCAGCUGCAAAAGACCCCAGUUUUGAUGAGCUUUUCGGUGGCCCAGCACAUCAACGAUCUAGGUCACAGCAGGAGAAUGACUUUGAAGAGGCGUUCGCUGCGAUGAAGCAGGGACCCAACACUCAGAAGACAAAUGGUGCACCAGAAUCAGAGUUCCCCCCUAUUCAUGAGAUUGACGAUGAUGACGAUGACGAAAGCACUGAUAGCGAAGCGCAUCUCGGUUUUGAUGACAAUUUUACUCCUGUCUUUCCUCCCCAGAGCCAGGUAGCGUCCAAGUCUCCUGAUGCGAUUGAGCCAGCGCAGCUGGCUGCUUUCCCGGCUCCCGGAUCAGCUACUAGUCCGACGUUUUCUCCUCCCCCCCUUGAGUCUCAACCCAGCCCCCCAAAGUACGAUGAAAACCCCGAGACGCAGAACUCAGUCGGUGUUCCUCCAGAAUUUAAUGGCUUGCUUCCUCAUCGGACCGACCCGAUUCUACCUCCUGAUGCUCCCCAUUCUGUCGAGUCUGCUACAGGGGCUCCGAUUGUCGGCGGAGAAGCUCAACAUGAUGCAACAAAGACAUCAACAACUAAUCAACCACCAAGCGGAAGCAAGGCUCCCGAUUUUGAGGCUGCUUUUGCAGGAAUGAACUUGGCUCCCGCAAAAGAAGCUGAUGACGAAGCUGAUGACGAAGACAAUGACUUUGAAGCAUCUGAUAGCCGCAAUAAUAUGGACUUCGACUUUUCGUUUGACCACUCACCGUCGCAGCAACAGAAGGCUGCAGCCGCUGCAAAUCCUGGAUCCGACUUCUUCCACUUUGAUCAGAACGUCACCACAGCAUCCCCCUCAUCUCCCGCCAACACCAACGCGAAGCCCCAAGCCCAUGACUGGGAGGCGCUCUUCGCUCCCUUGGAUAACGCCAAGGCCCACGGAGCAGAAGGAACUAACGGCACUACUUCAGCCGCUGCGCCUGGACACAAGCAACCCGGAUGGGCCCUCCAAACCGGUACAGAAGACGACCCGAACCUUCAAAAGUUAACAGGCAUGGGGUUCCCCCGAGAUGCAUCUCUCGCAGCCCUGGAAAAAUUCGACUAUAAUAUCGACAAGGCAGUCGACUUCCUAACCUCCAAGUCGUAAUAAGCCCGUUUACUCUUAUCACCUAUCUCUCAUUCAUUGUCACAUUACUCAUGCACAUAUUUUCCCCCCUAUUUCAUUUCCCCCCCCCUCCUCCUCCGUCCUUCCUUCCUUUGUUUAGCCUUGCAUUCUCUUGAUCUUUUUUUUUUUUUUUUUCUCUUCCUCUUUCCCUUUCUUAUCCUUAUAUACUCGUCACGUUCCCCCAACUUUCCCCCCCACCAUCUCAAUUGUGUAUUUUGUGUCGUCAUGUUUUUACUUGAUAUUGGUUUGAUAUUUGCAUACCUAUCCUUCCCACUGCUUCUAUGUAUAUUCCCCCUCAACUUGUGACCUACUAUUGAUCUACCGAUCUACCCGUCCGCAUUUUUCCAUGUAUGGUCACCAGAUGUAAUCUAGGAUCAAGCUACGAGACCGCGAGAAAGCCGGAAAUACCGGCAUACAGUUCUAAUCAAAUUAAUUUCUG